AUGGAGGACCCGAACCGGCAGCUGCUGUACGAGUGGACGCGCGACGACGACCUCUGCAGCCUCCGCGCCCAAGUCCGCAAGAUCAAUGGCUUUUACAAGGAAAAGCUGGCCGAGUACGCCAACGUGCUCGACGAGUACGAGCGUGGCGUCAAUGGCACGGUGCGCGCGCCGUCGGUCUGCGACCCCAUGGAGCGCCGCAUGGUCGAGCUGGCCAAGCACGAGUGGAUCAUCCUGCACCAGCGACUGCUGUGGCUGCGCCAGUUUCAGAUCUCAAGCCACGCAGAUCUUACGGCACGGGCCCCGCUGGCCAUAACGAUUCUCGACGACGUGGACUUUGCCGACUUGGACAAGACAAACGCACAGAUCGUGCGCCUCGAGUCGCUCGUGACGCGCGUGUUCUUCGGCGGCGACUGGCGCGCGGCCAACCGCGAGCUGUACCCGCUGAGCGAGGAGCACAUCAUUUGGUCGGGCUUCUACUUUGGUAUGCGCACGGGCAUGAUGCUCAUCCUCCUCCUCUGGGUGCUCUGGGACAGCGUCAUUGACGACUCGUACCACCACAACCUGUGGCACUCGUCCGUCAUCGCCGUCUACCGAGGCAUCGGCGUCCUUGUCCUCCUCGCGUGGUUCUGGUGCCUCCAGCUGUACCUCUUUGACCAGUACGGGCUCGCGUUCCUCCGCGUCUUCCACCUCAAAGCCACCAAGUCGACGCAGUACCUCCACUUGCUCCACCAGAUCGUGCCAGUCACGUGCAUCUACCUCGUCAACCUCCUCCUCUAUUUCAAGGUGCUGCGCGGUGACCUCGGCGACUACAUUCCCGCGCACUACUACCCGCUCAUGCUCUACGCCUUCCUCGUCCUCAAGCUCAUCUUUCCGCUCAAGCAGCGCCGGUCGCUCAUGCGCACGAUUGGCCGGGUCAUGGCGGCGCCGUUCGCGAUCGUUCGCUUCCGCGAGUCGUACGUCGGCGAUAUCCUCACGAGUUUGGUCAAGGUCAUGGUCGACCUCGCGUGGUCCACGUGCUACUUUGCCUCGGGCGCCUUCUUUGAGGAGGAUCCAAAAGGCCAAGACGUGUGCUCGCAAAGCGAUGUGUACCGUACGGUCGUCAUCCCGCUCUUCUCCGCUUUGCCCUUGUGGUGGCGCUUCAUGCAGAGCAUGCGCCGGUACCACGACACGCACGCCCGGUUCCCGCACCUUCCGAACGCGAUGAAGUACGCGUGCGCGCAGUCCAUUGUGCUCUUCGCCGUCUUCCACCCGAACCUCAAGCAGCAGGACCGCGAGUGGACCGUGUACCAGUCGUGCUACAUGGUCGCGUGGGUGGGCACGACCAUGUACCAGUUCGUCUGGGAUAUCUACAUGGAUUGGGGCCUCGGCGAUCUCAAAUCGGGGUUUCUGCGCCAAACGCUCUUGUACCCCAAGUGGACCUACUACGUUGCGAUCGUGCUCGACUUUUUCCUGCGCUUCUUCUGGACGCUCACGCUCGUGCCGUCCUCUGGGUACGGUCCGAUUCCCGGUCACAUCCAGCUCUACUUGGACCCGGUGCUGGCUUCUGCCGAAGUGUUUCGACGAAGCAUGUGGGGUCUUCUCCGCGUCGAGUACGAACACAUUGUCGUGCAGUCCAUGGACCAAGAAUCGCCGAGCUCCACCGACAGCGAGAUCGACUACGAAGAGGAAGAGGAAGACACGUCGCCCAAGUCGUACCCGAUCCGCGUCUUCAUCGAGAUCACCGUCAUCGUCGUGCUCGUCGUGACGGUGGCUCUUGUCGCGAUUGCGUCUCGAUCGGUCUAA